AUGCCUUUCACUCCGGAUUGGAUCGAACUGCCAGAAAUAGUUCGUACUGAUGUUGGCACGUUCACGAAACUGGGCGAUUGUCGUUUGGAGUCGUUGAACGGUAUUCCGAUAGGAGUUGCUAUAGCCGAUCUUCAUGGUUCGAUCACGUCUGUACGUGGACUCUAUAAAGGAGCUGAUCAUGCUUAUCUUAUUAUUGGUACGUCGAGUCAGCUGUGUUUUGUUGUCUCAAAUUCCGUCCCACUUCCAAAAAUGCCCAUAACGACACACAUAUUUCCAUUCACUGAUGGACUCACAUUGUUGGCAGCCGCUUCGAUGAAUGGUGGGAACGCUUUGGAUGCGUUUAUUGCGAAUGUUCAGCGUUGGUCACAGGAGGCCACGCAGGCUAACACCCUGAACACUAUCGAUAUGACAAGGAUUUUGUCGGAACUGGACCGUGCUUCAUCACAACUAGAGCAGAACGCACCAGAUGGCAUACCUGUGGUGAAAUCGCUGUUUACUGCUGAACGAGGCUCCGGGGAUACUGGAGUAGAGAUUCGUGGCCUCAAGCCAACUACGUCGAUGAUACAGAUGCUAAUCGGUGUGUGCGAUGGAGUGGUACGAAAUCUGUUCAGUCUUGUACCACCCGAGCUGCUCACUUCGUACGGUGUGAAGAAGCUGUUUCUAGUCGGCAGUGCCAAGAAAGAACGCUUUCUGGUGCAUAUUCGCCGAUAUCUCGAAGAACAACAAGUCGCUGAUCAGAUCGAACUUGUGCUGGCUGAGACCGAUACAUCAGCCGCUUAUGGUGUGGCCUUAUAA